GCGAGGGGGACUGCAAACUCGCCCUCCACGGGGACUGGCUCCGGGCCCCCAGCCCAGCGGGGGCGAGGCCGAAGCUGCGGGAGUGGGCCCCAAGACCGAGCUGCCAGGAGCAGCGGAGAGGGCUUGAGGUCCCGAGUUCCAAAUGGUGAACUUGGGUUCUGGGGGUGUGGGGGUGUCCCCAGGCUGGCCCAGCAGCAUCAGGGAGCCCCCUUUGCCAAUGAGUCCUGAGUCCCCCUUUUAGGGCAGGAUAAACAGGAGACCAGACAAAUCGCCAAGUGAUGUUGGUCAGGUUCUUCUUCCAGCAGCCUUUUGAAAAAUAGGUAGAACUUAAAAACAUUCCCAUUUUUCCAGGCAAUAUGGCCUUAAGGCUAGUCCUGCUGCUGGUGUAGCAAGUCUUAGUGAUGUCUGAAAAGGUGGUGAGCCCCUAGGAGAGAUGGCCACUGUUUCUCUUCCUUGUCUGGUGGUGACUUGCUUCUUCAUGGCAUGUCCUUUUUAGUCUUCUGAUCAAACUAAAACUUUGUAUUAUUCCUGGUGUUUAUCAUCAAAAUGUGAAUGAUGCUGGAACCAGUUUCGUCUGUCCUGUUAUUUGAAGGAGGGAAGCUGAGAAAUAACAAUGACCCCUCACACCUAUGUGAGAAAGAGUUGGCUAAGGGUAGUUCUGCCCAGUUACCGCAAUGCCUGUCACAGUAACUCUGUAAGGAGGUGGAGCAGGGGCUUGUCCUCCAUUUCACAGCAGGAGUCUGAGGCCCAGAGAGGUUUCAGUGACUGGCAAAGCUGAAACUAGAGCAGCUUACUCAUGUCUUUUCUGUUUGUGUUUACUGUUACCAUCCCAGGGUACCCAUUCACACUGGGUCUGCUGCUUCCCCAACAGCCUGGGACAUCCUGGACUGUCCCGUAGAAAGCUCCCUGACCCAGCCCACACCUGGGCUCCAAGUGGCCCACAGUGAAAUGAGAGCACCAGGAAGGGAGCAAAAUGGGCAGGGGGGAUGUUUGUGGUCACCUGCUAUGUGUCCACAUUCAAGUUCUGGAUAGGAAUCAGAGGGUGAGCUGUUCUUCAAAGGGGGAGGCACAGCGCCCUCUGCCACCCACUGGCUGUGGGAGUAUUUUCUUAGCUGACUGCCUAAGGGCCUGGAAUAGACCUUACAACCACUCAGCCUUUCUCCAACUUGUCCGCCGCCCAGGAACGGGCAGGUAUCAAACGAGAACCUCUGCUUGCCCUCUAGUCCUCUCUGUUUCAGGCCUUCACAGGACCAAGGAUGCUAUGCACUCACCCAUGAGCUGGCCAUCACAUCUGUCAGCUGCAGCCCUUUCUGAACCGCUGUCAGUCCGGAAGCUCCAUUGAGCUCCUUGCCAAGAUGAAGUGCGUCCUGGUGGCCACUGAGGGUGCAGAGAUCCUCUUCUACUGGACAGACGAGGAGUUUGAAGAGAGUCUCCAGCUGAAGUUUGGGCAGCCAGAGAAUGAAGAAGAAGAGCUCCCUGCCCUGGAGGACAGGCUUAGCACCCUCUUUGCCCCCAUCAUCAUCUCCUCUAUGACAAUGUUGGAGAAGGUCUCAGACACGUACACCUGCUUCUCCACAGAGAAUGGCAACUACUUGUAUGUCCUUCACCUGUUUGGAGAAUGCCUGUUCAUUGCCAUCAAUGGAGACCACACGGAGAGUGAGGGGGACCUGCGGCGGAAGCUGUGUGUGCUCAAGUACCUGGUUGAGGUGCACUUCGGGCUGGUGACCAUGGACGGCCAGCUUAUCCGAAAGGAGCUGCGGCCCCAAGACCUGGAGCGGCGUAGCCAGGUAUGGGAGCAGUUCCAGAGUCUGCUGUCAACCUACAGCCACCUGCGGGAGCAGGAGCAGUGCUUUGCCGUGGAGGCCGUGGAGCGACUGGUCCACCCCCAGCUCUGUGAGCUGUGCAUAGAGGCACUGGAGCGGCACGUCAUCCAGGCGGUCAACUCCAGCUCCGAGCGGGCCGGUGAGGAGGCCCUGCACGCCUUCCUGCUCGUGCACUCCAAGCUGCUGGCCCUGUACUCCAGCCAGAGCGCGAGCUCACUGCGCCCCGCAGAUCUGCUGGCCCUCAUUCUCCUGGUGCAGGACCUGUACCCCAGCGAGAGCACGGCGGAGGCUGACGACACUCAGCCUUCCCCACAAAGGCCCCGGAGCAGCCAGAACAUUCCAGUGCAGCAGCCCUGGAGCCCUGGCUCCACGCGCCCGGCCAGGAGGAGCUCUGCAGAGACGGAGACAGACAGCUUCUCUCUCCCUGAGGAGUACUUCACACCAGCUCCCUCACCUGGUGAGCAGAGCUCAGGUAGCACUGUCUGGCUGGAUGAGGGCACCCCACCCACUGACGCCUCCCAGAUCCAGGUAGCCGAAGACACUCUGCAGAUGCUAGUUCCUCACUCCCCAGCGGCAUCUAGCCCCAGAAGGAUCUUCCUGGAUGCCAACAUAAAAGAGAGCUACUACCCCUUGGUGCCCCACACCCUGUACUGCCUGCCCCUGUGGCCGGGCAUCAACAUGGUGCUCCUGACCAAGAGCCCCAGCACCCCCCUGGCCCUGGUCCUGUACAAGCUGCUGGAUGGGUUUUCCCUGGUGGAGAAGAAGCUGAAGGAGGGGAAGGAGGCUGGAGGUGCCCUGCGGUCCCACCCCCUCAUGGCAGACCUGCGCCAAAGGAUGGACAAGUUUGUCAAGAAUCGAGGGGGCCAGGAGAUUCAGAGCACCUGGCAGGAGUUUAAGACCAAGGCCUUCUCCAGAAGUGAGCCAGGAUCAUCCUGGGAGCUGCUCCAGGCGUGCGGGAAGGUGAAGCAGCAGCUCUGCGCCAUCUACCGCCUCAGCUUCCUGAGCACAGCACCGAGCCGGGGCGGCCCCCACCUGCCCCAGCACCUCCAGGACCAAGCCCAGAAGCUCAUGCAAGAAAAGCUGGCAGACUGGAAGGACUUUUUGUUGGUGAAGAGCCAGCGGAACAUCACCAUGGUGUCCUACCUGGAAGACUUCCCAGGCCUGGUGCAUUUCAUCUAUGUGGACCGUACGACUGGGCAGAUGGUGGCUCCUUCCCUCAGCACUGAUGACAAGACUGCUUCAGAGCUGGGCAAGGGGCCCCUGGCUGCCUUCGUCAAAACCAAGGUCUGGUCUCUGAUCCGGCUGGCACGCAGAUACCUCCAGAAGGGCUAUACCACGCUGCUGUUCCGGGAGGGGGACUUCUACUGCUCCUACUUCCUGUGGUUCGAGAAUGAGAUGGGCUACAAACUGCAGAUAAUUGAGGUGCCUGUCCUUUCUGAUGACUCGGUUCCCAUCGGCAUGCUGGGCGUAGACUAUUACAGGAAGCUCCUGCGCUAUUACAGCAAGAGCCACCCCGCCGAGGCCAUCAAGUGCUACGAGCUGCUGGCCCUCCAUCUCUCCGUUGUCCCCACAGACGUGGUGGUGCAGCAGGCGGGCGACCUGGCCCGGCGCCUGGGGGAUGCCUCCCGCAUCCCCCUGCUCUAGGCCCGGCUGGCUGCCCUGCAAGCUCUCCUAUGCGUACAGUUCUCCGAGCCCACCCACACACUGAAACAUUCCCCAUGGCAAGUGCCACCGGUGGUCCAUCUGGGUCAGCCAUCCUGAGGCGGGGACAGGGUACCCAGGACAGCCCCAGUGUUUCUGGAAGAAACUGCCUAGACCACCCUCUAGGCAGGGUAGCCAGCAGGCCCCCAAAUCCUUCCCUGAGAAGGAAGAGGGACACCAGGGAGUGCCACGUGUCUCCCUAGAACAGCAGUGCUUCACAGCUAGAGCUGGCUGAGAGCCGCCUCUCUGUUUACCCCAGGAGACCAGAAGGCUGCCCCAGUGCAGACGGCUAACACCCUCCUUUCUGCUCUUCUCAGAGUGGAGAAAGACCCCUCUCAGGAAGCUGUUUCCCUCCCAGAUAAAAGGUGCUUCAUUGGCUGGGAUUGAAUUCCCGCUCUGCCACUUCCAGUCUGCAGCUCUGGGCAAGUCUCUUAAACCCUAGACCUGUUUCCCCACCGUCUAAGUGAUAACACCUACCUCACAGGGUUGUUAGGAGCCUUCCCUAGCACAUGGGAGGUGCUCAAUAAAUGCUGGUUUUUGUUACUGUUAGUUUUCAAGCCCAAACCUGCCUGUGCUUCUGAAUCACUUUGUUAGUGUCGACGAGCCCUUGCUAAGUCCUGGCCCUGUCAGACCCAGUCCUGGUGGCUCUGCCCUAGGCCUGCGGUUCUCAGUGGCCAGCCUCAGAGUGUGGUUCCCUUGGUCUGCCGGGGAGCCCAGGCUUUGGUAUUUGUAAAAGCUUCCCUCGUGAUUCUCACGUGCCCUGCGUUGAGCCACUUCCCAGGGUACAGCGCCUUUCUUCUCACCAGCAAUCCCUGCCCCAAAAAGGACCCAAGGACCAGAGACCCUGGGAGGAAGUGCACUGGGACUGGGAGGGGUUUGCUGGAGGGGUCUGCCCCCCUCGUGCCCAGAGGCCACUGCUGGGAUGGAGUGAAGUGACCUGGAGAAGCAAGCAUUUCCCCCACACCGAAGGAGUGAGUGUCUUCCUGACACCAGGUGUUUCCAGGCAACUAUUUGCUUUCCCUUUAAGGGAACAGCCCUGGGGAGAAUGGAGGUGCUGAAGGAGCUUGAGCAGCACCUUGGGCUAAAGUCCUCCCUAGGUAGCAGUGAGGAACUGUCACCAGAGAUGGCACUGUGUUUAAGAUCUACCCAAAAACCCAGUGCUGUCAAGUCGAUUUGUAGCUUGAGAUCUACAGCUGCUAACAAAAAGGUUGGCAGUUCUAAGCCAGCCCAUGUGGAGCAGUUCUGUUCUGUCCUAUAAGAUCAUUAUGAGUCAGAAUGGACUCGAUGGCAAUGGGUUUUGGUUUUUGUUUUUUAAUGUUCCUCAAUAUUAUUGGGCUUUUAUACAUGGAAAUUAAAAAGAAAACCGUGGGCAACACAGAAGGGCACAAAGAAUAAUGUUCAGUCAUCUAUUAAUCUUUAAACCUUAAACCAAAAAUAUCCCCUGAAGUCUUCUUUAAACCAAACAAUAGUUUAGCUUAAUCAGUAAAAAAUGUCUGCCUUGAGCAUGUGCUCUUUUAAAGAACUCUUCGUACGGGAUCAUAUUGAGAACAGCAGCUGGAAAGGUUAGAUAGGAAGCUUAGCGGGGCGCAAGUUUAUGUUAGUGGGGGAGGAACAUUUCAGAAAAGGAGGGUGAGAGUAUUGUACUAUUUGAAGAAUGUCGUCAAUGUCACUGACUUGUGUAUGUAGAGGUUGAAUUGGUGUAUUUUUGCUGUGUACCUUUUCAGCAACAAAAAAAUCUUUUUUUAAAUAACAUUUGAAAAUUAAAGGCAAGAGGAAAAAAAUUAGAUCACCUAUAAGCUCACCAAGUGGGUUUUGGGUACCCGCUUUUGUUGCCUAAUAUUUUACCUUACUCUUUAACAGCAGCAGGAUGUGACAUGGCUCAUUUCACGAAUGCCCCUAAUUUUAAUAAUUUUUCAGCAUUAUAAAGAACACUGGGGGUGAACAUCCUGAACUGGUUUCUAGCAGAGAGAUUCACCUGCGGCGUAAACCUCCUGUGGGGCAUCUGAGUCAACAGUAGAAGAGGCUGUCAGAAAGCCUGCUUCCUCAGGACCAGCUUUCCCACGUACUCUCCCAGUCUGAGGUUUGUGUCUAAUGGCAGGCCUCUACAGCACUGACAGAUGACAGAGACUUCAGACUUCCUCAGCUCCUGGGGUACACUUUCCCUACAACAAGGGGAAUGGUCUCCUGACUAAUGGGCAGAGAACAAAGGGCUCCUAAUUCAAGACAGGCCAAAAGGAUAGUAAGAAAGCACUUUAGCUGAAGAUGUGUACAGAUGUGAUCUUUAAUCCUUGAAGAUUCUUGGAAAAUGGGAAAGGUGCCAAAAGACAGGAGAGAAAUGUCCAGGCCUUCAAAAGGAGAAGGCAACCCCAAGAAUUGGAGAUGAGCGAACUUCCCCUCGGCCCCUGCCAGAUUCCUCAGCAGCCUUUUGUUAAGUGGAAGUGGGAAAGCCUGUAGGAGGCAACUGGUCAUCUGUCGGGCUGACGCAGAUGUGGCCUCUGUGGUGGUGCAGAGGCCCUGGCUGCACUGAUGCUAAGUGGGUGCCUGGAGGCUUUUGGCCAGUGGGUUCUCAGUGCCUCCGGAGGGCAUGGGCAGCUCACACCUUUCCAGACGGAGGACUCAGGUUGGAGCAGAGUCUGCCAGAAACCUCUCUCUUCUAGUUCUUAAAUUCCCACCUAGCACGUCUCAGACAUUUGAUUCCUUAAUGGGACGCAGACAGCACAGGGGGAGAAGGCCCUUUGGAGUUGAACCUGCUAUGACUUCACUGCCCCCUCCAAGCCUGGGCUCCCUGUGCAGUGGACAGCUCUGAAGCUCAGACAGGAGCCCCUAGGAGGUACAGUUAGGUGCUUGGCUCCUAACCAAAAGGUUGACAGUUUGAAUCCACCCAGGGACACCUCAGAAGACAUUUUUACUUGUGAAAAAUAGCCAUUGAAAACCCUGUGGAGGUUCAGGGGACAUCUAUUGGCAUAACAAAAUGUAUUAAAACGUUCUGCAUCCCACUUUGGUGAGUGGCAUCCAGGGUCUUAAACAGCAAGCAGCCAUCUAAGAUGUAUCAAUUGGUCUCAACCCACCUGGAGCAAAGGAAUGAAGAACAUCAAAGAUGCAAGGUAAACAUGAGCCCACGAGACAGAAAGGGCCGCAUAAACCAGAGACUACAUCAGCCUGAGACCAGAGACCUAGAUGAUGCCAGGCUACCACCUAUGACUGUGCUGACAGGGAACACAACAGAGAAUCCCUGAUGGAGCAGGAGAGCAGUGGGGUGUGGACCUCACAUUCUCGUAAAAAGAUCAGACUCAAGAACUACUUUAGGUGAAAGGAAAGACAACACACAAUACAGGGGAGGUCAGCACAACUGGACUAAACCAAAAGCAAAGAAGUUUCCUGAAUAAACUGAAUGCUUCAAAGGCCAGUGUAGCAGGGGCAGGGGUUUAGGGACAAUGGCUUCAGGGAACAUCUAAGUCAAUUGGCAUAAUAAAAUCUAUUAAGAAAACAUUCUGCAUCCCACUUUGAAGAGUGGGUUCUGGGGUCUUAAACGCUAGCAAGCAGCCAUCUAAGAUGCGUCAAUUGGCCUCAAUCCACCUGGAUCAAAGGAGAAUGAAGAACACCAAGGGCACAAGGUAAUUACGAGGCCAAGAGACAGAAAGGGCCACAUGAACCAGAGACUACAUCAUCCUGAGACCAGAAGAACUAGAUGGUGCCCAGCUACAACCGAUGACUGCCCUGACAGGGAAUGCAACAGAGAACCCCUGAGGGAGCAGGAGAGCAGUGGGGUGCAAACCCCAAAUUCUCAUAAAAAGACCAGACUUAAUGGUCUGACUGAGACUAGAAGGACCCCAGAGGUCAUGGCCCCCAGAACUUCUAUUGACCCAGGAUGGAAACCAUUCCCGAAGCCAACUCUUCAGACGUGGAUUGGACUGGACAAUGGGUUGGAGAGGGAUGCUGGUGAGGAGUGAGCUUCUUGGAUCAGGUGGACACUUGAGACUAUGUUGGCAUCUUCUGCCUGGAGAGGAGAUGAAAGGGUAGAGGGGGUUAGAAGCUGGUGAAAUGGACACGAAAAGAGAGAGUGGAGGGAGAGAGCAGGCUGUCUCAUUAGGGAGAGAGUAAUUGGGAGAAUGUAGCAAGGUGUGUAUAAGUUU